AUGAUAACUAAUCCAAUGAAUCGAAUGCGUCAAAUUGUGAGUAAAAAAAAACGACGUUAUCAACAGGAUGGUUUUGAUCUUGAUUUAACUUAUAUUCGUCCGAAUGUUAUUGCAAUGGGUUAUCCAGCUGAUAGUUAUGAAGGUGUCUAUAGAAAUAAUAUUGGUGAUGUUAGUCGAUUUUUAUCAUCAAAACAUGGAGAUAAAUUUUAUAUAUAUAAUUUAUGUGUGGAAAGUGAAAGACAAUAUGAUUAUUCACGAUUUAAUAAUAAUGUGUGUUCAGAGUUUAGUUUUGAAGAUCAUAAUCCACCAACAAUUAAAAUGAUAUUAGCUUUUUGUCAACAUGCUGAAAAACAAUUAAAAGAAAUGGCUGAUAGAACACUUGUUAUACAUUGUAAAGCAGGAAAAGGUCGUACAGGUGUAAUGUCUUGUUGUUUACUAUUGUAUUAUUAUCGACAAGAACAUAAUGAUCCAAUAGAUACAUUAAAAUUUUAUGCUCAACAACGAACGUCGAAUGAAAAAGGCGUUACUAUACCUAGUCAACGUCGUUAUGUAGAAUAUUUUGGUCAUUUAUUAAAUAGUCGAGUAAUGUACAUACCUAAACAAAUACUUUUCACCGGUUUAUUAAUAACAUAUGAACAAAAUCAAGUUCUUCAUUCAAGUCUUUCUUAUACAGUUAAAUCAGCUGAUCAUCGUAUACAAUAUCAAUCAUUUGAAAUUCCACUUGAACGUGAUUCAACAAUACGACGAGAUUUACCACCAAAUUAUUCAGUAUUACAUGCAUCACAUAAACAUUUUAUUCCACCAUCAAAUCAACAAUGUCGUAUACCAUUAGAAGAAGAUGUUUUAAUUGAAAUAUUUGUAACAAAAACAAAACGAGGAAAACCAGAAAAAUUAUGUCAUUUUUGGUUUAAUACAUUUUUUCUUGUUGAACCAAAAAUGCAAACAAUAUUAAGUAAUGUUAGUGAAAAACAAUCAGAAAGUAAAUUAGGUACACUUAGUUCAUGUUUAAUACCGGAAUGUGGACAUAAACAUUUAUAUACAAUGACUAAAACUGAUAUUGAUGGUUUACAUAAAGAUAAAUUUCAUCGUUUAGCACCAUCAUCAUUUACAGUAUCUGUUUUAUUUGAUUAUAUUCCAACAACAUCAUCAUUACCUUCACUAACAAUUCAAUCGGAUCAAAUAUUAGAAAAACAACCGUCUAUUAAUUUAAAAUUAAUUGAAACAAAUAAUGAUUCAACAUUUAUAAUUGAUAAAAAUCAAUUAAAACAAUAUAAUGAAACAAAUGAUAAAUUAAAUAAAACUAAUCUUGAUUCAAAUUAUAAUAAUAAUAAUAAAAAUCGUCAUCAUAGUCGUUCAUCAUCAUCAUCAACAAAUAAUCGACGUGCAUUUGCAUUAUAUCCAAAUUGUUUAUCAGAUUGGGAUAGUACAGAUUCUGAAUCAGGUACAAAUGAAACAAAUAUUAAUGAUGAACUUGAUAUAUGUCAAACUCGUUGUUAA